GCAGUGAGACAGUCGUCAAAGAGGAGACUUUGGAAUACACAGCUGUCUCUCAGGUCUUCAGUCAGGCUGCUGAGAAGGUCCUGCGAGGGCCGUUGGAGAAGUUUGACAGUGGGUCUGAGUUCCUCCACUGAAGGCGUGGCACCACAGAAGCUCUACGUUGUGGCCGCCUCUCUCUGACCUCAUUGUGUGAUGAAUUCUGGGAGCUAACAGACCAAACCUGAAACUGAAACACUAGUGAUCUGCUUGUCAGACUGAAAUGGAACCUGAACCACCUGGUCUUGCGGAACACUUUGACUGUCCAACUGAUGUGUCCCUCCAAUCCCCUGGUCUUGGGCUGCACACUCACUUGCACACUCUCACUCACUGUCCCCCCGAAUCCACGUGUGUACUGACUGGAUUUCAGAGCUACCCUCACCCUCUAGCUGAUGUAUCCCUUGGUCUUGUGGAGCCCUCUGAUGCUCCCUGUACAACAAGACCUGAGCUCACUGACCUUCCCUGUGGUGUAUCCCGUUCAGCCAGUAACGCAGUGGAGAGUCCUAGUGAUGUGUCCCUUGGAUCCAUUGGUCGUGAAACACAAAGCCCAGAAGGAGACAUCGGCUCUCUCAGUGCAGACGUGGCCAAUAUCACACUGAAAGUUGAGGACUUGAUGGAAGUGGCAAACGGCACGCUGGAGGAGAAGUUUGAUGAGCUGUGUGAUAAGGUCCAGAGGCUACAUAACCUGCUGGACACACAGCAGGAGUCUGGAACCCUCACUCAUGACCAGGCUGAAGUGGAGGCACAGGUGUCUGGCCUUCUGAAGAUCGAGAAAGAGAUGGCCACGCUGAGGAGGAACGCCUCAACCAAGCAGGAAUGUCUUUACGGCGAGUUGGGAAGACUUAAAGUCAAUCAAAUGAUUUGCCAGGAGCAUUUAUCAGCAGAGCUGGAGGCAGAAAAGGAAAAGACCUCAGUGAUCUGCCAGGAACUGGAGAAGAUGACAAUGUCACAUCAGGAACUAGAGAUGAAGUGUCAAUCCCUGGAGAUACAGAACGUGCGUCUUCAGACGAGCCUUGAUUCGGAAACAUCAUACAAUAAAGACAGAUUGCAAAGCGAAAUCCAAUCUCUCCAGUCCUUGAGGGUGGAGAAGGAAGCGCUUCUCCAGAAGAUGGCAGAGGACCUCGUCGUCCUGAAAUGCAAAGCAGCGGUGCAGCAGGAGUCUCUUCGCAAACAGGAGAACAAGCUCAGGAAGGCUGAGCUGCUCAACAACGAAAGUUUAAAAAAUGAGCUCCAGACUGAGAGAAGCAAGACCACCUUUCUAACCCAGGAAAUGGAGAAGGUCAAGAUCACGCAGCAGGAACUCUUGCUCAAGUGUGAGUCGGUUGAACGGCGCGUGACGGACCUUCAGCUGAAACUUGAUGCAGAAAUCAAAACUCACGAGGAAAGACUACACAAGGACAUCACAGGCCUCCGAGCUCUCAGGAUGGAGAAGGAGGCUCUACGGCAACACAUGGUAGGAGAGAAGGUGGCGCUGCAGAUCGAUUCCACCAUGACCCAGCAGUGUCUUCUCACUGAGCUGGAGGAGCUGAAGGAAGCCAAAAUUGUCAGCCAGGAAAACGUCACAGUGGAGCUCCAGAGUGUGAGAGGGAAGAACCUGCUCCUCAGCCAGGAACUGAUGAAGGUGUCGUGUCGAAAUCGGGAGCUCAGUUUCAAGAAUGAGGUUGCUGAGAAGAAGGUCGCUCAGCUGAAGGAGAAAAUUGAUGCCAGGGUCAAAGGCUGGACGGAGAGGUUUCAGACGAGCCAGCUAAAGCUGCAAGUGUGGACAACGAAGAAGGAAGCUGUCCUUCAGAAAAUGAUGGACGAGAUGGUGGUCCUGCAGAGGGACGCAGCUCUGCAGCAGCAGUCACUUCUCAAAGAUGUGGAGAUGUUGAGAGAGGCACACAUCUUCAACCAGCAGAAGUAUAAAGUGGAGCUGCAGGCUGAGAGGGAAAAAAAUGCCUUUCUAAAGGAGGAGCUGAAGAACAUCACCAGUGCACACCAGGACCUCAUCACAGAGUGUGCACGGGUUCAGCAGCAGGCAGCUUCACUUCAGCAGGAUCUGGACACAGCAGUGAAGCAACAGGCCGAGACGGUCAGAGAGAACAGCGAGUUGAUUCAGUCCUUGAGGUUUGAGAAGGGCGCCCUCCGUCAGAAGAUGAUAGACAAGAUGGCCGUCCUGCAGAACGAAGCUGCUGACAAGGAAAAGUCUCUUCUUCUCAAAUUAGAAGAACUGAAGAACUGUCAGAUCUUCACUCUCCCUUAUCAGGGCACCGUGCCGCAGUUGGAGUCACCCACUCACCAUCUGCACGAGGAGCUCAAGGUCAAGUGUGAGACCUUGGAGCAACAAGUGCUCAUGCUUCAGAACAAACUUGACAUGGAGACCAAGUCACACACUGAAAGAGUGGAACGCAACAAGCAAGUCAUCCAGGCUUCACUCGCAGAGAAGGAAAUCCUUCAACGUAAAGUGGCCGAAAACAAGGCGCAAAAGACAGAAUCUGCAAAGCGGAACGAGACUCUCCUUCAGGAAGUGGACGAACUGAAGAGUCUGGUGGAAGCCACCCGCCAUCUUCACUUCGACUUCUCUUGCUGCCACAGAGCUGAGCUGUCGUUUGAAUCCACGUCCACAUCUGAGCGGAGCGAGACCUCUGAGAGUCCCGAGUCUGGCGGGGAGACCAGGACUGGAUCCCCCAGGUCAUCUGUGAAGAGGCAGAGGAACCCUGCCAGGCUGAAGAGGUUGGCUCGAUUAUUUUCUAAAAAGGUAGAACUGGUGGAAAUAUCUCCUGAUCUGAUGCUGCCAGGACACUCCCAGCCACCGGGUGUCAUCGUCUCCUGACGGUGUCAAGUCUCUAACCCGCUGUGUGCCUCAUGGAUCACUGUCUUCAGGGAGUCUAAAAGAUUAAACUGCCUGAGCGACGGAGGCUGUACUUCCAGAUGGAGGCAACAGUCUCCUGGUUCCACCCCUUGGUUUCCCUGUUUGGAUCAGUGUGAGUCCUGGUGUAUCUCUUGAAUGAAGAUGGACAUCAACGUUGUCAGCAGAAUUGUGCCAUGCUGUGCCCUGUAUGACUGUGGCAGGGUCAGGAGCUCUGUGGGAGGUCAGGUCUGACCAGCGUGUCCUCUGAUCUCUUGAGGGCUUCCAGGCUUCCAUGGUCCCUGGGCACCGACACGCCGAGCCACUCUGACAGAGAAACCUUUCUUUGGUUCGCUAUUAAGCUGGUGACCACAGGUGAGAGGAGAAACCCACUGGUCAGUGGAGAGCUUUGUCUUCUGGCUCAGCUCUGUAGGACUGAUCCUACUCUCACUUGUGAACCUCAGGAUGCUGGACUACUUCACAGAAGGCACUUAUUCCCAACCUAACUGGACACCUUUUUCUUCACCUGGUGACCUUGGACUCUGAAAACCAGAUCUUGGACUGAUGUUUCUCCUGGUUGCACCAGAGAUGUCUGAUUCCUACAAGAGCUGGCUUAUCCUGACCUCUGGGUCGGAAUCUGGUUCCUGAUCUUCAUGAACGAUAAAAAGAGUUGUGAGAUUGUUGCCCAGGAGACGAUGAAGUGUGAGUUCUACUUUCAACUCUGACCGACUGAUCCAGUGUGCAGGUUGAGGUCCUGCUCCGACCCAGCAGAGACUGCAGCGAGAGUGGGAAGUGAUGCAGAAUAAAACACUGUCUGCUGAGAUAAAAGAGUUCCAUCCCUGAGUGAGCACUCGGUGCUGCUGCAGCCCUGAUAACGCUGCGACCCAUCCGCCGCCUCUAUCUCUGCCACGGUGCCGCCUCCGUGAAUAACAAAAACUCCACGACCUCGCUGCAGCUGUCAGUGCGGCGGGCCGAUAUGUCGCGCUCGCCAGGAGUUGACACACAUGCCAAUGUUUCCCACACACUCUUCAAGUGAAGUCACACUGGGUCGGACCUUCACCGGGUGACUCGAGCGCCAUCCGCUAGGAGGGUGGGGCCAGGGAGCGA